GGAAAGGCCCACCUCGCCCCGAGGAGCCGAUUCCGCUCCUCAUUACCACUUUAAGCCAAGCCAAGUAACGGCAAUAUUUGGACACGCGAUUGAACAGCGAGUCAGUGAUUCACGGAUGCAGAUUCUGUUUACUAAACGCGCCCUCCGGCUCAUGCAAUCGAGCUUCACCAAGACGCGUGAACCUGAGUAACAUCCAACAAUGGCGUUGAAGCGAGUAACACUCGCCUGUUUGGCGCUCACUGUGACGCAUGCGCUGGCCUCAUCCUACAAGACUGUCACAUCCGAUUUCAGCAGCAAUACAGUUCGCUUCAAGAGUUGGGCCGCCGACGAUGUGUCGAUUUGCCAUGGCGGAGCAGCUCAUCACACGGGAUGGGCUGAUGUCGGAGAUCGCCACUUGUUCUUUUGGUUCCAUGAAGCUCGAAACAACAAAGAGGAUGCUCCCCUGCUGAUUUGGCUUCAAGGGGGCCCUGGCGGAAGCUCUUUGCACGGCAUGCUGUACGAAAAUGGCCCAUGCCUCAUUGAUGGUGCAGAUGCGACCAAGUUCAAUCCUUACUCGUGGACGGAACAUUUCAACGUCAUUUACCUCGACCAACCUGCUGGCGUUGGGUAUUCCUACACGGAUCACAAUAAAGACGACUCAUCGUACCCGUCUCGUGUCGAGGACUCCUCACUUGAUGCCGUUGCAUUCAUCAGAUUGUUCUACGAAGCCUUCCCGCAUCUGGCUAAUUCCGACCUCCACUUGUCUGGAGAGUCUUAUGCUGGUCGCUAUGUCCCGGCCUUUGCAUCCGCCAUCCUGGACUACAAUCAGUUUCUUAGUUCCACGCCUGGAACUCGAGAGUCUAGCGCAAUCAUCCCUUUGCGAUCCAUCAUGGUUGGCAACCCGUGGAUCAGCCCUGUUGCACAGUUCCCCGCAAUGUACGACGUGUCGUGCUACGAAUACCGCGAAAAGUACGCCCCUCACCUCGACCCAGAUGACUGUGCGAAAGCACUGAAACUUGUUGAUCGAUGCGAGUCGGCUGUGCGCGCUUGCGCGAUGGGAGGUGAUGACCAAUUUCUCUGCGCUCAACCCGAAGAACUAUGCCAGGGCCAGUUCACUUCCAUUUUCGUGAACACAACUCGGAGCAUUUACGAUCGGCGUCGGAGAUCAUGUCCCAGUGCCGGGAAUUGCUACCCUGAUAUAAAGGACAUCAUCUCGUAUCUUGGAUCGGAUGACAUGCUCAAUGACAAGCUUGAGGUUUUAGCCCAGAGCGAAGGCCGCAAGAGGUCUUGGGAUAUGACAAGCGAGAUCAUUCAGCGGCGGUUCUUUGAAUCUGGAGACUUCUAUACCCCUACGACUGGGUAUCUCAGUAAGAUCCUAAGCCACGCUCGUAAGACGCAUCUGGCAAAGGUCCAACGACCGAUCGACGUAUUGCUGUAUGUUGGCGUGACCGACAUCAUCUGCAAUGCGGAAGGUGUAUAUGAGGGCUUGCAACACGUUGAGUGGGAGGGACGUACACCAUUUCGCGCUGUCCCGUGGAAGGAGUUGCCGUGGAAUGCCUCAAGUGGGUUACGUGGUGGAAGGGUCAAAGCCGUGCCUAAUCUGUGGCUUGCUGAGAUUGAAGAAGCUGGACACAUGGUUCCUUAUGAUCAACCUGCCUCGGCUCUCAAUUUGGUUGAAUACUGGCUGGACUACUUGAAGAGGCCGACCAGCAUUGUGCCCAACUUCCAGGACGGUGUCGCGUUGAACAAUGGAAAGGAAACGCAAAAGUCCUUUGGCGAAGAGCGGGAGGAUCUGUAAAUAGUACUCCCAGUUUCGUUGAGUGUAACUGUGAACAGUGCAUCCAUGAUAUUCGCCCAUAGCUGCACAUCACCUGCGCUCGUGAAUGGGAGGAAUGUAUCACAUAUUUUCCUCUACC